CUAGGAAUACAAAUAGAUAAAAAUGGAAUAAAAAUGCAAACUCAUAUAGUACAAAAAAAAUUACUAUUGAUGAAAAUAUAGAUACAAAAAAGAAAUUACAAUCAUUUUUAGGAUUAGUAAACCAAGUAAGAGAAUACAUACCAAAACUAGCAGAACAGUUAAAAUCACUAUACAAAAAACUCUAAAAAGAUGUUGAAUGUCAUUUUGACAACAAAGACAAAGAACACAUAAAAAAUAUCAAAAAAUUGCGCAAGAAAUUACCAAAACUAUAUUUUCUUGAUGAAAGUAAAACAUUUACAUAUAUAAUUGAAACAGAUUCAAGUGAUCACAGUUAUGGAGGAGUACUAAAAUAUAAAUAUAAAAAAGAAAAGAUAGAACACCAUUGCAGGUAUUACUUAGGAUCAUAUACUGAAGCACAAGCAAAAUGGGAAAUAAAUAGAAAAGAAUUAUUUGCAUUAUAUAAAUGUUUGUUAGCAUUUGAAUCAUAUAUAGUUUAUAAUAAAUUUAUUGUAAGAACAGAUAACACACAGGUAAAGUGGUGGAUAACCAAAAAGAUAUUUGAUUCAGUUACAACAAAAGAAAUAAGAAGAUUGAUAUUAAAUAUAUUGAAUUUUACAUUUACAAUUGAGAUUAUUAAAAAUGACGAGAAUCUCAUUGAGGACUACCUCUCAAGAGAAAGAUCCAAUGAAAAACUUAUUAGCUAUAAUGAUAAAACUAUGCCAAAAAAUAGAAAAGAUAGAAGCAAAUGUACAAGAUCUGAAAGGAAAAACUAACAGUCAGCAGCAUGACUAUAAAAAUGCGGAGCUACGUCGUUCGGCGGACGCUAAACGGCCAGAACUAGAAGGAGACGAUGGGAAACUCCAAAAAACCCAUAACAAAGUUUGUUUAAAUACAGCUGCAGGUACGAGCAAAAAAGAUAGUGAGAAACCAAAAAAUACAAAUUUAAACCAACUAUUCAUAAAACUGUUUAUCCAAAAACCACAAGUACAGAUACCCGUGGAACCACAAACAUCCAUAUAUGUAGUUAGCCUUCAGAAUGACAAAAAGAGAUACAACUACAUUACGCAGUCCUACAUCAAAAACAUAUACAAAAUCAAGACAUAUUUAAACUUGAACCCAAGAUCUACGCAAACAAAAAAGCCCAAAGAAGACUAUAUAACCCAGAAAUUACAGGGAUAUAACAAACGUAUAGCACAACCUAAAACCAGUCAAAAUUUAGUUAAAACAUGUUAUAGCUAUGGACUACUAAAUACAGUAUAUACAUAUACCGGAGAAGAAAUAAUUGGAAUACCGGAAUUACAUCAAGCAUUUGUGACAUAUAAGAGAAUUACUAAAGGAAACCUAUUUUAUAUAAAAUUCUAUACAGCACCAGCUGAGAUAUUAUACGAGGAGAUAAAGUCGCCAAUACAAGUUGUAAAGAUAGGCCUGACCAGAGAUAUGAUUAUACCAGAAGAGAUCGAGAAACAAAUCGAGAUACCAAAGAUAGAAAUACCAAACUUUUAUGCGAAUAAAAGAAUAAUUGGAAUAGCAACAAUUAUACAAGAGUUAGCCAAUAAUUGCUUAAAUGGCAAUGCUAUUUGGAGUUAUUAUGCACGAGAUCAAGUAAUGAUUUAUUGGAACUCCAAAGAGCUAAGGAAAUCAAAUAAGGAUGAAGUACAGCGAUGGAUUUUGUCAUUACUAAAGCAAGAGGAGCAACCAACUACAAGAGCCUUGAAGAAGGAAUUUAUUUCAGAUGAGUUAUUAGUAAGAUAUUGUAAACUUAUGAGCAACAAAUACCGAGAUCAUAGAUGCUCCAAGUGUAACGGAGAAGAUAACGUAAUACAAGCAGUUGAUUUGGGAUAAUGACAAAAGAAAUAAAGCAAGCUACAUCAAAGAAGAUUCAUACAAAAAAAAGGGGAGAGAUAGAUAUCUGUGUAUAAAGUAAAAGUAUUUUGUUUUUAGUGUCUAUCGUUUUGUGUCGGCUGAAUAUCAGCCAUAUGUAAAAUAAAAGUAUGUCGGCCAAUAAUAAAAAAUAGACCAUUAGUAACAGUAAGUUUUUUUUUGUUUUUUGUGUUGGCCAAAUGUAAAAAGUCCAAGU